AUGAAGCUUGAGCCUGGUGGAAGAUACGGGGCCUUUCUAGACCCGCCAGAACUCGUCGAGUUCAUAAACCAUAUCCGCGACAACGAGCGCGCCCUUACGACUACGCAUCCCAUCCUGUGCAUCAAGGCCAACCAGCGUGAGUGGUUGAACAACUACCUCGCCACCAAGCAACAGUUGACGUCGUAUGACUCUCUCCUCCGCCUGCUCCAGCGCUUCUGCGAUCAUCACAGUUUCUCCCGCCAGCGUCCCACCAAGAACAAGGUUAAGCAAGCCGAUCUUGCUGAGGUGCAAUGCCACUUCAACGCGGAGUUCCACCGCGAGUACAUUGCGUACGCAAGGAGUGCGUGUUCAACGUUGAUGAAACUGGCAUAUAUUAUGAUAUGCCGCCGCGCUACAUUUGGGCAGUACGAGGCGGAAGCUCCAAAAUCUUGCCAUUCGCUUUGCAUGACGGCGGUCCUCAUGGUACGAGCUGAUAGCACCAAGCUACUCAUCCUCUUCAUCAUGAAGGGGGUGCCUGGUGUUCGCAUAGACAGCGGCGAGCUCAGCAUGUUCCCUCCCUGCCAUCACUACGCGGACAAACGCGUAAGGGCCACGUACCUUCGUGAUGUCCUCGGCGAAGCGGUCGAGGAGCCGUCAGUCGUACUGCUGGACAACUUCGAGUCGGGUGAGUCGUACAAUAUCAACGAGGAGGCGCCGUUUAAGCGCAACCGUCUUAAAUUGUGGCUGCUCGAAGACAUCAUUGUUGGUGAUGAUGAUGACUCAUUUUCGCUUACCUCGCGACAAAAGCAUAUGGCAUUGGUGAAGCGGUCGAUCGCAGCAUGGGACCUUGUGUCGAGCCAAGAGAUUCGCCGCAGUUUCGAGAAAGCUCUCCCUCACUGA